ACCCUGCGGAGCCAACCCCGGCCCCUUGCACCCCCCCAACCCUGGGCGGGGAAGAGGAAGUGGGGACACCUGGCCCCACCGUGGGGCAAGGGCAACGGCCUCCGGGGAUGGGGGCUAUAAGAGGGGCAGGUGGGCACAGGGGUCAGAGACGCCAGAGCCCCAGCCCGACCAUGACCCCAAGCCGCAGAUCCACCGGCCCUGCCCUCGCCCCCGUGCUGCUGGCCAUGCUGCUGGGUGGCCCUGCACUGGCCUCGGAGAUCGUGGGCGGCCGCCCGGCCCGGCCCCACGCAUGGCCCUUCAUGGUGUCUCUGCAGCUGCGUGGAGGCCACUUCUGUGGUGGCACACUCAUCGCCCCGAACUUCGUCAUGUCGGCUGCCCACUGCGUGGACGGCCUGAACUUCCGGUCGGUGGUGGCAGUGCUGGGGGCACAUGACCUGCGGCGGCGAGAGCCCACCAGGCAACUGUUCACCAUCCAGCGGGUCUUUGAAAACGGCUUCGACCCCCAGAGGCUGCUGAACGACAUCGUGAUUCUCCAGCUCAAUGGGUCGGCCACCAUCAACGCCAACGUGCGGGUGGCCAGGCUGCCUGCCCAGAACGAAGGUGUGGGCAGUGGGGUGCAGUGCCUGGCCAUGGGCUGGGGCCAGCUGGGCACAACCCAGCCACCGCCCAACAUCCUGCAGGAGCUCAACGUGACCGUGGUGACCACCCUGUGCCCCCGUUCCAACGUGUGCACGCUGGUGCCACGCCGGCAGGCCGGCAUCUGCUUUGGGGACUCGGGGGGGCCCCUGGUCUGCAACGGGCUGAUUCAGGGCAUCGACUCCUUCAUCCGUGGAAGUUGUGGCUCCGGCUUCUACCCAGACGCCUUCGCUCCGGUGGCACAGUUCGCCAACUGGAUCAACUCCAUCAUCCGUCGCCAGGACGACCGCCCCUCGGUGCAUCCCAGGGACCCUGCGAGCAGGACCCUCUAGAAAGGGCGCCGCUGGCUGGGCCCUGCCCACGGUGACAAUAAAAACCUGUUGGUUUUCGUAAGAAUGCGCGUGUUUCUUGGUUGUACAACG